GGGCAGAGAGUCCGUGGAGGAGAGAAAAGGCUAUGCUCAGGUGGAGCCAAAAAGAGCUCUCUACUUCGAUUCGUCGCUGUAUCUUCUCCGCCGCUGGAUUUUCGGCGGCGCUCCGGUCACAUUCCGACGGACUUAAUGAUUUACUGACAGUAGAAGAUGGAGGAGUUUGUGGAUUGUUUAGCUGCUCGCAUUGCUACUGAAAUUUGAUUUAUGGAGAGCUGUUACUGUAGUCGGAGUUUCUGAGGAUUUGCAGCCUCGGUUCGGUGUUUCACUUUUUUGUAACUGUCUUCCGAUCUGGCUUUUUUAGGAGGUGUUGCAAUGAAUGGUCUUAGACAAAAUGGCAAAACUAGAAAUUUUGAGAAAGAGCAUCCAGGGUGUUUGGGGAAAAUGGUGAAUCUGUUCGACUUGAAUGUAGGGGUGUCUGCAAGCAGGCUGCUCACUGAUAAACCUGAUCGGGAUGGUUCCCCACUCUCAAGAAGCAGAUCUGAUGUAUCAAGAAUGAGUUUAUCCGGUGAUUCCACAGAAGAAAAAGUGGUUGUAUCCGAGUACAAUAGUUUUCCAAACAGAAAAUCACAUGCUGCACCCAUGAAAAUGCACAUUGAUCAAGAGAUGUUGAAAGAAGUAAACUCCAGGCAUGAUCCACCUAAUUUAGUUGCCAAAUUAAUGGGACUUGAUACUCUUCCAGAACAGGAGCCUGAUGCUGUAAUACAAAAAACCUAUUCUAGAGUUCGUCCGCGGAGUCGUUCAGAAAUUCCUGCGUGUCUCUGGCAAAAGCAGCAGAAUGGAUACAUUAAUCCCGUUAAUGCAAAGGAGUGCCAAGAUUUUUAUGAUAUUUGGCAGCAACCACAGAAACCACCAAAUAAGGGAAGAUAUAAGGAGGCUAUAAACGAAAAACAGAUGGCUUUUGUUCGCCAAAAGUUUAUUGAAGCAAAGCGCCUGUCCAUGGAUGAAAAGCUCCAUCAGUCUAAGCAAUUCCAGGAUGCCUUGGAAGUCUUGAGUUCCAACAAAGAUUUGUUUCUCAAGUGCUUGCAGGAACCAAUUUCAAUGCUCCGUCAACAAUCUGUUCCCCCUCCUACAGAGACAAAGCGAAUUACUGUUCUUAGACCAUCAAAGAUGCCAGAUAGUAACAAGUUCACUGGUUCAGGGAAUAUAGAUAGGAAACAGAUGAAAAAGGCUGCCUUUCUUCGGGUGAAUGGGGCGGAGAGAACUGCUGGGGGUUCACCACCUCCUACCAGUUACAAUUGUAAUGAAAAUCCUGCUCAACCAACACGAAUAGUUGUUUUAAAACCAAGCCCUGGAAGACAGCAUAAUUUGAAAGCUGUCUCUCCUCAGUCAGAGGCACAAAGGCUAUUGCGCAUAGAAGACUUAUAUGGAGACAUUGAAGAUGAUGAGAAUAAGAGAUCAAGAAAAGUUGCCAAGGAAAUUACACAACAAAUGCGUGAAAAACUUGGGAAGCACCGCAGAGAUGAAACCUUGAUUUCUUCUGUGUACUCCAACGGCUUUGUAGGCGAUGAAAGUUCAUUCAGUAAAUCAGAAAUUGAGCAUGCAGAUGGCAACCUAAGUGAUUCAGAAGUCAUGUCACCUGUAUCUGGGCACUCAUGGGAUUGUGCUAAUAGGCUUGGCAGUCCGUACUCAUCCUCCCCAUUUAGUAGGGCGUCUUAUUCUCCUGAGUCAUCAGUAUGCAGAGAAGCAAAGAGGCGCCUUUCUGAAAGAUGGACCAUGAUGGCAUCUAAUGGAAGUCGUCAGAAACAUAAACAAGUUCAGAGGAACUCUAGCACCUUAGGAGAAAUGCUUGCACUUUCCGAAGCAAGCAAGCCGGGAUGUAGUGGAGAGGGCUGUAGCACAGGAGAAACAAAAGAUUUGGAUACUUUCUUAGUCAGUGAACUGAGAGAAGACAAUAAUGUGGAUAGUUCACCAAGAAAUCUCACAAGGUCAAAAUCUGUUCCUGUAUCUUGUACUGAGUUUGGUGUGAGGCUCAAUGCUGGCAUUGCGAUGUCAGAUAAAGCAAAGCGAGAAGCUCCUAAUGAGGACACAAAGGCAAAAGGUGUUAGAUCAUCUUUUAGAGGGAAAGUUUCAAAUUUGUUUUUCUCGAGGAACAGAAAACCUGAUCAUGAUAUAUCUCUUGAACCUGAAAUCAACAAUGAAUUAGAACUUUGCAAUGAUAGAGCUGAAACACUUGGUGAUAACCGGCAAGGACAUUCGUCACCUGGUGUACAAGAGCCAUCAGUUAAAUUGCCACAUUCCAAUCUAAUUUGCAGACAGGACUUGACAUAUCCCGAGGCUAGCUUGGCUGUGGCAAGGUCCAUUGCAGUUGGAAACCAAGGUGAAAAGCAUGAUCAGCCGAGUCCUAUAUCGGUCUUGGAUCAACCCUUUGAAGAGGAUGCAGGAACAGCUCAUUUGUUUACACAUUUCACCAAGCCCAUCCAACAAGGAGUUGAGUUUCCGCGAAAUGCUAGUGGAUCAAACUUAAUUGACAAGUCACCGCCUAUAGGAUCCAUCGCCCGCACCCUUUCAUGGGAAGAUUCGUGUGUUGACGCAGCCUCAUCGUUUCUCUCAACGGAAACAUUAAACAACCAAGGAAGAGAUGAAAGGAAGCAAGAAUGGUAUUCAUUUAUACAGGCAUUAUUAUCUGCAGCUGGUUUGCACGGUGAGCUGCAAUCAAGUUUAUUUUUUACAAGAUGGCAUUCGCCUGAAAGUCCCCUGGAUCCGUCACUAAGAGACAAAUACAUACAAGAAAAGGAAACACUGCAUGAGGCCAAGCGAAGGCAACUGAGAUCAACUCAAAAACUCGUGUUUGAUUGUGUUAAUGUGGCAUUAUCGGAGGUUGCAGGAUACGGGGCAUAUUUGGGCCAACGAACUAAUCCAUGCAUAAUGGCCAACAAUCACCCUACAGAGAGAGGGUCGUCAUCAUUGGUGGAUGAGGUAUGGGCGCGAAUGAAUGCGUUGUUUUCUGACAAUGUCAGAUGUUUGUCAGAUGAUUGCGGAGAUGACAACAGUGGCCUAGUGGUGGAGAGCGUGGUGAGAAAGGAAGUGGCGGGCAAGGGAUGGACCGAUCACCUGAAUUCGGAGAUGGAUAUUUUAAGACAGGAAAUCGAAGAAAGUUUGCUGGCGGAGCUCAUGGAUGAGGCUGUGGUCGAACUGACAGGUAGACUGUGACAAGACUCUUUCAUACUUUUAGUUUAAUCUGUGUAUCUUAUCUCUAUUUUACUUGCCAACUUUUGUUAUUAUUGUAUGAUGCAUUUGCACGCUAAUGGUCCCGGUCCCUCCCCAAUUGUUUAGUGAUGCAAAAUUGUCGCUAUUAUGCUCGCACAUGUGUGCCCGUGCAUGAUCUGAUAUUAUUUUGCAUGUAACAAUUUCAUGACAAAUUAGAAAAAAAAAAAAAAAAAGCUCUGCUUCGAGGCAUGUACCCGAUUAACUUAGCCACUUUCACUUGUCUCCUGCUGUCAUUUUAGCCAUCUGAGUAUAUCAAAGCCUUAUAGAAGCUUUAUAUAUUAUUUAGUUUUGUUAUGUGCUUA